AUGUUAAAUCCUCGGGGGUUAGCUAGGCCCAAAGGGUUCGUUCCUAUGACAAUUCCCUCCAUUUAUGAUGUCGUAAACUUUUCCGAUUUUAAAGAUAGGAUGGACACCCCUAGACUUGGCGCGCAAGUUCAGCAAGAAUCUAUAGGCAAAUUUCUUGAGCAGCAGGCGGUAUGGGCGGCGCAGGAUGGGACUAGAGUGAUCCAUACCUCCAGCAAGCGCAUGUGCCUCUCAGCAGACAAACCGUUACUAGCGGGCCUCGACACAUUCUGUUUCGAAAUCACAAAUAAUGCGCUUGGCGACGAAGUUUUAGAGAAUGCACUAGGAUGUGCUAUCAGGUUGUGCACAGUCGGCGCGCUUGCGAUUCAAUUCCCUAGUUGGCCACCAUGGACAGCCGCUUCUAGUGCCCCGUCUUGGGGAUAUAGAUUAUAG